AUGAAAUUGAAAACCGGAUCGUACUCGAUCAUGAGUAUGCCAGCGUAUGAACCGGGACCGGAACAUUUCCAACAGUUUCCGUCCAAUAGGAUUAUUGUUAUCCAUCCUGGGUCGUUAUACAUACGUAUAGGAAGAGCUUCGGACUUAUUACCAGUAAAACAGCUACAUUGCAUAGCCAGAAAACGUCGUCAUGGAGGAAAAAUCUAUCGCGAUUCCUUUAUACCCCCCAGUGUACCGAAAACGAAAGAAUUGAUCGAGGAAUUAGAAGAAUGCCGCCUGCAAAUAUCUCAUACACUGCAAACUUGUGUUCAGUCAAAUGGUGCGAGGAGGUACGCUACUCCCCCUCAACAAAUUGCUGCAUUUAAUCGUCGCUCUUUACCUGAAAUCGUGAACGACGGGGAACCGUGGCCUCAGGUUGAAUGUGACAUCGUUAUAGGCGAUCUAGUCCUAGAUAUUGAUCCAGAAUUGCCAUAUAAUAUACAUUUCCCUUACCGAAGGGGUGAUUUCAACAUUCAUACUGAAGUUGGUGGUUCAAUUUCAUCAGUUUUGAAUGAUCUUUAUACAAUUUGGAGUUCUAUCAUUGAGUAUAAACUAGGAAUACCUUUAAUAGAGCUAAUUAAGUACAGAUGUGUGUUACUGAUCCCAGAUUUGUAUUCUCGAAGUCAUUUGAAGUAUUUAAUGUCUUUAUUAUUGAAGGAUUUGGGUUUCGGUCACUGUUUUUUAGUUCAAGAGAGCGUCGGAGCCACAUUUGGUGCUGGGAUAGGUUCUGCAUGUGUAGUAGAUAUAGGUGAUCAGAAAACAGCAAUAUCAUGUGUGGAAGAUGGAAUUUCCCAUAAGACAACUAGGCUGAGAAUGGAUUAUGGAGCUGGAGAUGUUUGCCAAGCAUUGUCAUGGAUGUUUCAUAAAAGUGCAUUUCCAUACAAGAAUUGGAAUGAAAAUAUCCCCAGAGAUGUGAUCCUAAUGAGGAAUUUAUAUGAAAACUUUUGCCAUGUAAACCUUGAUGUUUGUGGUCCACAAGAGAAAAGCUUUCUUGUUGAUCAUCCUGGUGAUGUUGUGAACAAAUACACAUUACAAGUGGGUGAUGAAUGCAUCAUAUCACCUUUAUCAAUGUUUUAUACAGACUUACUCAAAAUAACUGGUUCUAAAUCUACAAAAAUCCAAAACCGUCAGCCGAGUGACCCUGAAGAUCCAUUUGAUGCAGAAUUUCUAAGGGAGACAGGCAGGAAACGAGAAACUGCUGAUCCAACAGCAAAUGAAUCUCAGCAGUUUGAAGCAGCUAGUGAACCUCAGCCUUCAGCUAAUCAAGACGAAGACAUUGUAGUGGAUACUUUAGAGGGUGGUCCAGGAGAUGUAGUCGCUUUGGCUCCAGGUCAAGUUUUAGCAUUAGAUGCAGCUAUUCUUCAAAGUAUAGACCGUUGUCCCAAUGAAGAAUUAAAACGUAAAAUGUACAGUAAUAUACUCAUAGUUGGAGGUGGCGUGAAGAUCCAUGGACUCAAUUUAUGGCUUCAGAACCGCUUAGCUUUACAGAUUCCUUACACAUAUAAGACUGAGCAAUUGGAAAUAGUUACAUCUCCAAAGGACAUAGAUCCAGCCAGCACAGUCUGGAAGGGAGCUGCUGUGAUGUCUUGUUUGGAGUCUGCUAUAGAACUUUGGAUUAAUCAAAGUGAAUGGAAUAGGUAUGGUUUGAGAAUAUUGAGAGAACGCGCGCCGUUUAUUUGGUAA